AUGCUGGGGAAAGUUCACUGCGGAUGCAUUCUACAGGCAUUUUCCUCGUCAAGUGGAUGCGAUGAAAACCAUCCGCAGCUGGGACGGCAGCAUUGCCACAUUAUUCUGCAUGUGCUCGACAUAACGAGAUAUGCAGUGCGAGAAGGUGAGCAAGUUGAGGAUGUGGAAUUACUGGGCGAGGGGAGCUUCUCCAAAGUGUUCGGGCUCGGCCCAGUUGCUGCGAAGGUCAUCAGUGAAAACGAACGGCCGUGGGUACAUAGGGCAGCGGUCCAAAACGGGCUUCUUGCCGACCUGCACGGCUACGGCCCAGCAAUUUUUGGACAUGGCCGUGUGCAGCAGGAUAUGGGCGGACACUUCAGAGGUACGGUGGUGCUCAUGGAGAGGCUCUACCCUGCUGGUGAGGAUUGGUCCGACACAGACACAGACCACGUUUUGGAGGCAAUUCAGCGAGUCGCCAAGGAUGCGUUCCACAACGACCUGAAGAUGCCGAAUAUUCUUCGGAGAAGAGGGCGCCCUCUUCUGAUCGACUUCGACCUGCUAUCGCCUUGGUGUGUUAAGGUGGCUGUCACAUCAAGCUGCAUCGAGCACGAUUUCCGGUCAUUGCUGGAGCCAGCAGGAGACAUUUGCACGCAGUCCUUCCGGGAGUUCUACGACCUUUUUGCCUUCACUCUCACACUGCAGGAUACCUUGCUCAUCUUUUGUGGUCGAUUCCGGCGCAGAUUGUGCUGGUCCGAAGCCAAGCUGGAUGACACAAAAUAUGGCAAGCGCCUGGAAAAGGCGCAGGCGGACUCUGACAUCAUGCGCUGCCUUCAAGGACGUGUGGAGCGCUGGACGGUCUGGCCAGAUACGGAAAAUCCUCAACCAAGUGACGAGAAGGCAUCGAACUACGCCUGCAUGUCAGCGAUGCUCCGCGAGGCCGUGUUGCGUUCCCUUGGCGCUGCCGCUGAACGACAGGAAUUCCUCCUGGCAAACGCAACUUCCCGCGAAAUAAGGGCUCGUCGUUUGGAGGACGAGGAGGGCUGGGAGAUGGAGCAGAACAUAGUCUUCUGCGAAGCCUUCCACGACUUUUUCCCAAGCAAGGACUGCAAGGCUUGGGUCUAUGGCGUGCACGAAUUCCCGGCGCUGAGGGUGAGAUCAGCUAGUCCGGGAGGUUCGGGGCCAUCCGAUGUUUCGGACGACAUCAAGAAGUCCUUAGAGAGUGGACCAUUGCGCCCGCAUGAGGAUUUUGAUGAAGGUUUUCAUUCCACUUGGGACUACAAAUUCACUAUCCACAUGGGGUUCGAUGAGGUAAAGAACUUAAAGAAGAUGGUCGAGGGUCAGCCAAACCGUGGGGCCGCUCCUCUCCGUGAACACCUGAAGUCCAACAAGUACUCGCUCUUGCAACGCAUCUACAGCAUGGUCUACAUCGAGAUUGAGGAUAUCAGUGGUUACGCGGUGCUAUUUGCGAACGAGGGGCACGGCCUCCAGCUGCUCGCGAAACCGCUGCAUGCGGACGUUAUCCGAUAUGACCUGAAGGGAGAGUCACGCAGACAGACGAAAAAGCAGUCUUCUUCGACGAAGAAGGUGCUUCUGAAUGGGGACUUUACAGAGCGAGAACACAAUAGGCUUCCUUUCAGGAACUGGCACUGCAAAGAGCUCAAGAAAGUCUUCAAAAAAGAUGUCGACUGGCUGAAAACUCAUGGGAUGGGUGAGUACAGCCUCUAUGUUGAGAUUGCCGCCGGUCGCGGGCCAGGUGCCAGAGUGGGUUGCGGUGGGAUGCCGGGGACACCUCUUUGCAAUGACAAUGAGCAGGCAGUGAGGACCAGCACUGUGUCGGUCAUCGAUUACUUCAAGAACAAGCUCUCCUCCAAUUCUUUCGGUGACAAAAUGUUGGAAUUCGUGGAUGAAGUUUGCUUGAUCGAUCAGAAGGAGAAGCUCGAUAAUUGGCAGAUGUACGUCGUGGUGGGUUGCUUUGCUGCGCUCCUCGUUGGUGGGGCGGCAGCUUGUUGGUUCUAUGGUGCUCAGUUCCUUCGUUCGAACCGACCCCAUGAACUGCGCUCGCCAGAUGCAUCGGUGGAGAUGACAAUGCGAAAUCCCGGCAUGCAGCCACCAGCACAAGGAUGGCCAGGUGCAAUGUCUCCUGGAUAUCCUGCAGCAUAUCCAGGUUACCCAGGCCAGUAUCCAGCCUACCCAGGAGCCGGCUAUCCGCAGAUGUAA